ACAGACUUACCCAGAAAGAGGCUAUUAAAUUUUUCGACUUGCGAGGUAGAUACAUAAUGGCAAAGUGAAUCACAUGGACUAAAAGAAACAUAUGGGAAAGAAACAAACAUCCUAGCCGGAUACCUAAGGCGUGAUGUCGGGGUUGGAGCUUCUUUCAGCAGAAGGCCUUCGUCUUGAUGGAAGAAAACCAUUAGAGUUAAAGCAAAUAGUUUGUAAGGUUGGUAUUUUUAGCGAGGCUGAUGGAUCCGCAAGCAUAGAGCAUGGUAACACAAAGGCCAUUUGUAGUGUCUAUGGACCACAUGAGUGUGUCAAUCGCGCAAAAUCAGUUCACGACAAAGCAGUAGUUAAUUGCGAAUACAGUAUGGCCACGUUUAGUACAAACUACAGGCGAAGUAGACCCACUGGUGAUAGAAGAUCAACUGAAUUGACAAUUGCACUGGAAAAAGUUUUUGAAGCUGCAAUCAUGACGAGUAUAUACCCAAGAUCACAGAUUGAUAUCUUCGUACAGGUAUUACAGUCCGAUGGAGGCAAUUUAUCUGCGUGCAUUAACGCUGCCACAUUGGCAUUAAUCGAUGCGGGAAUUCCAAUGAAGGAUUUUGUCAGCGCCUGUACAGCAACGUAUGCCAACGAAACGGCACUAGUUGAUUUGAACCAACUUGAGGAGAUUUCCAAUGCGCCAACUUUGACACUUGCAAUGCAGCCUAAACUGAACACUGUCACCUUGUUUCAAAUGGACUCGAGGCUGCAUCUGGAUAAUCUUGAAAGCAUCUUAGAAGCCGCUAAGAAAGGCUGCAAGGACAUUUUCACUAUUCUUCAAAGAACGAUUAAAGAUACUUUAGUUCAUAAUACUGCAAAGUAGGGGCUUUAGCGAAUGAACGAUCUCUAGAUGAAACAGUUUUCUGUGAGGCAUAUUGUAACGCAAAAAAGUUGAAAAACGGUUGGAAUUGAACUGAUAAAGAGGACUUCUUGUUUGAUUAAGGGGGCACUUAUGAAAAAUGUCAAAGGAUUCUGUGUCUCUCAUGUUCUAAUCCCAAUGCCAAAGUAUUACAUAUUUAUAUCAAACAAUUUCGCUGGUUGGAUUGUAUUAAGUUGUCUUUUCAAUGACUAGUUUUUUGCCUAUUUUUAUAGUCUACUAUGUCCUACUUCUUGCAGCUAGAGUCCGUUUAUGCUUUAAUGGUUCACCUAAAUUUUUGGUACGAUGUAAGUUUGUUACAAUAAGAUGUUCACUCUUUUUUAUAACUGAUAAAAUGAGAAAUAUCCUUAUGCGACUUGUUUCUUGACUUGCGACUUGACUUCGUCCCUUUAUGCAACUUGUUUCUCAUGAAGACAACUUUUAUUUAAUAGUUACUUUCGCUGCUUUUCAUCUCUGUCUCUAGAGAAAUGGUAUUUUUCAUUUCUUUCUCUUGACAAUUGGCUUAAUACGUGCAAUGUUAGUUUCUUUUUCGCUUCCAUUUGAAAUUGAACAAUAAAGCCGCCACUACAAGAAGUUACCCUUAUCCAUAUUGUGCUUUUGAUGCUAUCUGUCCGUAGGUCUCA